AUCAUCAGAAGCAUUUCCCUCUCUUUGUACAAAGCUGCUGGGCAUAAGCCAGCCGUGCGCAUGCCCAAUAAAUACUUCCUGCGGAGGUGGAGGACAGUUAGCGAAGACAAACAGUUCUCAGAUAAUUGGAUAGCCUACAACAGAUAUCACCAUCCAAGAUGAUUGAUGUUUCUGUAAAGACCCUUGAUGGUCAAACUAAGAGCCAUAGUGUUGCAGAUGAUACCACUGUUCGACAAUUUAAGGAAACAAUAGCCAGUAGUAUAUCAAUUCCCGCAGACACACAGAGGCUGAUUUUCCAAGGCAGAGUGCUUCAAGAUGAAAAACUUUUAAAAGACUUUAAUGUUCAUGGCAAAGUGAUACAUGUUGUGCAAAGACCCCCACCACGUCCUAACAGUACCAGCCCUAUAGAUAAUGGUGGUGUCAACUCAACCACCGCUUCAGCGCCACCUCCUCCUCCGAGAGAUGUCAACAGUUUUGUUGUCAGUUCUUUUACUUUACCAUCAGACAUUCUGGAUCCGAAUCAGGUUCAGAAUAUUGUUCAACAAGCUGUUCACAAUAUAGGCGAGCUCGGAAGGAAUGCCAGAGUCUCUACGAGGGCAUCGGCUGAUGGUUCGGCUGUUGAUGUUCAUAUCAAUUUGGGGCAGAUUCCCGUCCAGCAGAUGAAUGAAUCUCAACAAAGAAUAAACCACAUCAGAAAGUUAUUGCACUUGGUUAACAUGGCUUUAUCUCGUCUUGAGAAUCCGUCGGCCAACAGUAACCAACAAAGCACCAAUAAUCAAAGAAAUAGCAAUGAACCAGUUCCAGGAGCUCCUAGCCAAAGUGGUACUGCUCAGCCAUCUAGUGAUGAUCAACCCAGUACUGCAAGCAAUUCUCAGGGACCAAGCCCACCACCAGUGACAGUUGUUGCUGAACUAAUGACAGAACUUCAAGAAGUCCAAAGAAGACUGCAGCCAUUCUUAACACAAUAUACAACAUUGGCACAAAAUGAUGCCUCUUAUACAAGUGAACAAACUGAAGCACGCCAAGAGAGUGAGCGUAUAUUCAAUGGUGUGUCCGAGUGCCUGCAUUACAUGAGUCACAUCUAUCACAGUGUCAGUGACCUUACUGUUGACUUUAGUCAGUCUCCACCACGUCAUCUCCAUGCUCACACAGCCAUGCCUGCAUUGGCAGGUUUGAUCCCUUCAACUCUAUCAACAGGAUCCAUACCAGUGAAUGGCCAGUACAGGAUUCCGGGAGGAAACAUCAUACCAAACUUUUCAGCGAUCAAUCCUGGUCUUCGUUCUGCCUCGGCUGCAAGUGGCACAGCCGGGAGUCACAGUACCAGUGGUGGUAGCCACACUAGUAGUAGUAGCCUCAGCAGUAAUGUAACACAAUCAACUGCAGUACCAGCUACCUCAACAACAUCAUCCUCUAGAACUUUCACAUCUGCCAGCACUACCCCAGUACCUCUCAUCACACUACCAUCUACAGUAUUUUCUACUAAUUCUUCUCAGACAACAACUGCCCAAACUAGCAGCACUCCUAUUUCUCUUGGACAAUCAUUUUCUACUUCAAGUUCUAGUCCCUACCUGUUUGUAGAAGUUGGUCCUGAUUCGCUGACUGUCAACAGUAUAUCUGCUCAUGUGGUCAGUUCAGAUAUGACUUCAACAUCAACCUCUAACACAUCAUCAAUGCAGAGAACUUUCCAGGUUAACAUUGGACCCAACCUUUCAACAUCUACUACAACUACUAGUUCCAUGUCUAAUAAUACUACUACUACUGCUGCCAGCAGUAGUAGUACUAAUACCAGCAGUAGCAACUGUCCACCUGGUGGCAGCACUGUUACUAGCAGCAUCAAUGUUAGUGGAACACCUGGAAUAGUUAGCACUGGUGGUACAACAUCCACAACCUCCUCCUCUUCUAGUAGUAGUAGCAGCAGCAACAGUAGUAGUAGUAGCAGCAACAUUGGUACUGGUGUUGGUCGGCCCACUGUAGUCUUACCUGGAAAUGUACCCAACAUUCAAGGUCUCCUAGGUGGACAGCAUCCUGCCCGUACCAUCGAUCCGUACCUCCCCUGCGUAUCCAGACAUUUCCUCUCCUCUCAGGCUCAGAAUGAUGCAACUACUGCUAACGUUGUCGCUGCAGCUGCAGCAAACGUUGCUGCUGCAGCAUCUCAACAGUCAUCGAACCAGGGAACCGACACAGCUCUUGGUGAUGUGGUGGCUGCUGUUAUGGCUGGUCUACUUGGAACAAAUGAUUCUUCAAGUGCUAACAACACUAACACACCAAGUGAGAAUACACAAACACAAGGUGGAAAUGCUGCUAACCAGCGUCCUGUUGCAACACCAGUAUCAAUUUCCCAAAUCUCCCAGGCCAUUGGAGGCAUGGCAAGUCCAGUGUUUGCCAUGGUCUCUCGUAACCUGGCUCGGUCCCAGCCAACCAGUACCACAACCACUACCACCAUCAGUAGCACCGAAGCUCCUUUGGAACCAACAACUUUUGUACAGGCUUUAAGGAACUUCUUUCAAGGAUCAGCUAGAAGUACUGCAUCUGGUGGCUUACAGACUACAACAGUAAACAACAGCAGCAAUGCUGCCAGUGCAACUAACACUACAACAACCACAAGUACAAGAAGUACUGCAACUGCCAGUACAAGUUCUAAUAAUGCUGCUACAACCCAGAGCCAGUCCAGUUCAACAUCGUCUUCCGGGACGACAAGCCAGACUACAAGUGGCACUCAAGUAAUACCAGAUGAAGCUAUCAUUCAGUUAAUCCAGGGCAUUAUCAAUAACUUGAUGCAAGCUGCAACCGGCCAGCAAAAUGUGGGCACAAUUUGGGAUUUUUUUAGUACCAUUGGCGAAGAAAUGGAUAUAGAGCAUUUUGAAGGACUCACCAACGACAUCUUUCAAUGUAUAUCACGUCACUUGACUAUUUCUGAUCUUAUGACCGUUUUGCUGGGUAACUCUGAGCCUCUCAAUAGAUUGCGAACACCUCUUAAAGAACUCUUUCUUCAUCAAAUUCUUAAUGAUGCUGAACCUACAGAAGCCAAUAUUCAGAAUGCUGUAUUACAAUUAUUAACUGAAAUGAGAGCUGAAAUUAAAGCUAUAGUUAGUAUAUCUGAAGUUCAACCUAACAUUGAUGCUGAGGCUACACUGGACAACUUCCUCAAACACCAAUAUACUAAAAUAAUAAAACUGACUAUAGAAUCUGAAGAUAACAAUGAGUUUGGUCAAAGUUUAUACAACUGGUUCAAAACUUUCCUCUCUGAGCUUAUUGUUCUUGGUCGCUUCUGUCUUGUCGAAGGUCACCCGGCUUUCCAGCGAGUGGUGCAUGAUCGAUUGCAACAUUUGACCAAUGGUAUCAAUGUAAUGAUGCAGCAGUCCCUAAUCACCAUGGCAACACUACAGCUGAACGGUUUCCACCCUCAGCAGACUGAGAGCGACAUUCAACACUACAUUGCUUGGAAAGAUUCUGCUUCUGCAGCGAAUAAGGAAUCUGCGAAACCAAAUCCACCAGAAGUGACGGCAGCGGCGGCUGUUCCUGAGGUUGCUGAAAGCGAAGCAGCAUCCCCUAUGGAAGUAGAUUCAGAAACUUCAGCAACAUCUCAAGUGACUAAUAAUAAUAGUAAACCUGACACUACUACUAAAAAUAAAGAAAGCAAACCUAAGUUGGUUAAUGGUGUGAACAGUGAGGAGACAUCUGCUACUACUACUACAGCUGCAACUGUGCCCCUUACUCUUGCUGUGGAACAGACUAAUGCUGCUGCUCCUACCACUACAAGUAAUGGAGACGACUGGUGCAGUGUGGUUCCAGCUGAAUGGGUUCCUAUAAUCAGGCAAGACAUCCAACAUCAAAGACGCCAGAAUCCUCAGACACCAUUCAGCGAUGCAUAUUUAAGUGGAAUGCCAGCUAAGCGCAGAAAGAUGAAUCCUGGUAAAGCAACCAACUUAAGUGAGGUGUCAGAAUUUGUACCGGAUUCACUGAAGAAAGCUGUAGCCUCAGCUGGAGUUGAACCACUAAGCAGUUUGGAAAAUUUAUCAAAUGAGGCAGCUCGUGACAGCAUAUUACAUUCAGCUUUUGAGGACCAGAUGUGUAAUAAUGUGUUGCAGCGGAUACACUUGGACUCUGACUACAAUCCAGAAAUGUUCCCUAACAUAGAAGAAUAUUUCAAAAAACAACGGAAAAGCAAAUGACUAAUUUAGAAAUUUGUACCAGGUGAAGUGUAAAAAAAAAAAAAAAGUUUCUCAUCAUUAUACCAAUAAGCUGCUUGGCUCUAAAACAGACUUACAUUAUUUAAUUUUAGUAUUGAUUGAUUUUAUUCCUAAAAAUUUUUUUUUAUAUAUAUUUCUCAACUUCCUGAAUCUUUUGAAUCCAAUGUGUGCAUCAAUUAGAUCCCUUGAACAUUUGAUACAGGCCACCACCAACCACUCUCUUUAGUAGUGGUUGCUUUACAAAAGGCAGAAAAUGAAUUUCAGUGAAUAUUUCCAAUGUGAUUGUAAUAAAUGUUAUGUUGGUGGCCCACUUUGUGUUUUACUGUAUAGCAAAAUAGUCGAGUGAAUUCUGCUGGGUGCAUGUGUGUGUAAAUACAGAUUUCACAUACCCCUCCACCCCCUCUGCACUGAACAAUAACAACUACCUGAGCAUUUAUUUGAAAUGAAUUUUAGACAUAAAUGUAGUUGAUGGUUUUUAGAUCAUGAUUCUGUAUCAUUAUUAUUAUUCAAUCUCCCUCACACCCUGUUUCUCAUAAGUAAUGUCAGAAGCAGUAUAUAAUAUCUUAAAAUCUUUAAUAUUUAAUUGAUGUCUUCCUGAAGAAAAAUGAGAAAAGUUGCAGUCCUGUCCGCUCUCCCUUUCUAAUUCUUAAACUUAAGGACAACUUAAAACUCCCUUUCCACUGAUUUGAAAAAUUGUUUUUCCAGUGCCACUCACUUUCAAUUGUUUUAUACAGAUAUCCAAACGUAUUUCUUUGUACAGAAUGAAAUUAUUUCGGUCACUUAUACAAGUUUUGGUAUAAAGUUAAAAUGGCACCCCCACCCACCCAAUAUGGCCCAAACAAACCAACCAGUCUUUGGUCCCCAUUUCUUGCUAGAUGAUAUUCACACCCUGCUAUUAAUAAUAAUAAUUCCUUUCGUUGCAUUGAAAUUUUACAUGUUUGCUUUACCAAAAAAAAAAAAAAUUGUGCCUCUCUUCAGUCUUCAACUGUACAUAAGAUUAUGGUUAUUAGACACGGUAACAAUGUCCAGUAUGUCGAUGAUGAGGCUGAAGUAUUUAGUAAUCAGUUUGAUUUCUUUUUGUGAUGAGGAAACCCCUAUGUAAAUACUGGGCCAACUUGACUCCUAUCAGCUUUCAGCAAUGUAUGACGGCUUACCAUUUAAAAAAGAAAACUCUCUCUCUCUCUCUCUCUAUAUAUAUAUACAAAAGUGCUAAUUAAUAUAGUAAAUAAAACUUGUCACAAACUU